CAUGUAUGUGUGUGUAACAUAUUUCCCCAUGGUCUCCGUGGGAGGGGCACUAUCAGGGGUGGGACUUAUGAACUAUAUAAAAACCUUAUUUGCAAGACAGCUGCAGCUACUGAAAGUCACCACAAACCGGAAAGGAAAUAUGGCAUCUGUGUGUCCUGUUCUGUUCCUGAUCCUCGCUGUUGGGUGGGCAGCCAUGCCAGUGAUGUCUGAGAUCGACGUGCAACUCAAUGAGUCACGAUAUCAGAAAUUCCUCAGGCAGCAUUUUGACCCAAAUAUGGCAGUAAAAAAAUGUGACAGUACAAUUAAAAGUAGGAAGAUCUUUGGGAAUGAGGACACUCACAGCUGUAAGCAAGUUAAUACAUUCAUUGCUGCUGGCAAUAAAAACGAUAUCAAGAAUGUUUGUGAUAAGGCGGGUUCUCCAUAUCGUGGAAAUCUACGCAUAAGCAAUAAGCCUUUUCAUGUGAUCACUUGCGACCUAAAGGGAGGGUCAGGCCGCCCACCUUGUGAAUACAGGGGACACAGCAGCACCAGAAAGAUUGUUAUUGGCUGUGAGAACAAGCUCCCUGUGCAUUAUGAAGAGGGCAUAAUCAUUCCAUCUGCCAAUGAAUCAGUUUAGGCCCAGAUUAAUUGGGAUGGAGAUGAGAUUAUUAGCUUGUGCAUUUUCUGUGAGCUGACUUGGAUGUAUAAUCAUGUUACUCCAAUAUCCAAUGUAUAUGUAUUUCUCUGAGGCUUCUGUAAAAUCUGUUGCUGAGUUAAAGAUUCUGUAUUAGCAGCUUUGCAUUGAAUAUUACAAUGAAUAAACAAAAAACAGCAUUUUAAAA